UAUUUUGGUUUGCUUCUGUAUCUAAUCAAAUUUUAUUAGUUUUCUUUUUGCGAAUGAUAUCUAAUAAUAAAAAUUGGAAUAUUUGAAAAAAUGGCGGAAGAUAUCUCAAGACAAAGUGUUUUACUUCAAAUUGCAUUACGUCAACAAGGUUUGAGCAGCUACAAGAAGCUUCAAAAGUCAGCGAAAAAUUCAUUGGCUUUUACACAAAGAUUAAAAUUAGAAAAGGAAUUGAUUGUUCAUAAAGGUUGCGUUAAUUCUAUUAGAGAGUCAGAAGAAUCAGAAACCUUGGUUGGUGGAAAUUAUCGUGCACCAACUGAACAAGCAAAUUACUUCAAUUGUCAUACUGGAACAGCCUAUGAAGUCAUCAAUAUACCUACCGAGUCUAAUUGCUUUUUGAGCUGUGGUGAAGAUGGAACCGUGAGAUUCUUUGAUCUCCGUCAAGUCUCCAAAUGCACUUUGUCUUGUUGCCGUGAAAAUAUUCUCGUUUAUGCACCAUCAAGUGUGUCAUCAAUGUCACUUUCACCAAUAUCAAAUCAUUAUCUAGCAGUUGGAUGUUCAGAUUUCGUUCGAAUCGUUGAUCGACGUUACUUGAAACUUAUUGAAUUUCCACAAUAUAAUGCUGAUGGAGCUCCAACUUCGGCAUUGUCAGGAUUUGAUGGAAAAUACUACACGGAGGCAGUCAAACUAUUCAAGAUACCAUUAGAAGAGAAACGUCCGUAUCGUGUGACAUCGCUGGUUUUUAGCCCAAAUGAACAAGAACUACUCGUCAGCUUCAGUUCGGAAUAUUUGUACUUAUUCAACUUAAACGAUGAAGGAGUUUCUCCUGAAGGCAAUACAGUCGCAAAAGGACGUCGUCGUCGUCGAGAUUCACCGAAAGUUUUACGUAAACUUCGCUUACGAGGUGACUGGUCUGACACUGGCCCUGAAGCGCGGCCAUUGAGUGAAGUUUCAGCUCAAUCACGACCACAACUAAAUUUAACUCUCAUGAACCGUAUGACGGGAUUAUUGUCACGCAUGUUAAAUGAUCCUCGUCAACGAACACAAAAUCGUGGUGAUGAAAAUAACUUUGACCGUGUGGCUGAAGGAAUUUCGGCUUUGUUUUGUAACGAUGCCAAUAUACCAGCCGGUGAUGACGGUGCAUCGACGUCAGCAGUUGCAGGUGGUAGUAGUUCCUCUAACGACGAAGCUGCAGCUAAUGUCGGAACAUCAAACAGCAGUAGUAGUGGAAGUGAUGACGACACUACAAUUAAUAAACCAAAGUUUAAUUAUGUUAAGCAAAAGUUUUUAGGACAUCGCAAUGCAAGAACGAUGAUCAAAGAAGCAAACUUUUGGGGCGAUGACUUUAUUCUCAGUGGAAGUGAUUGUGGUCACUGCUUCAUUUGGAACAGACAUAAUGGAGAAUUAGUGAAUUUACUUCAGGCUGACAGACAUGUUGUGAAUUGCGUUCAACCACAUCAGUCUCUGCCUAUUUUGGCGACUUCUGGUAUUGAUUAUAAUGUUAAAAUUUGGACACCAUCGGAAGAAGAAAAUGUUUAUGAUGAGAAGCAAGCUAGUGAUAUAAUGCAGAGGAACCGUUUAAUGCUAGAAGAAACACGAGAUGUUGUUACUGUGCCAGCAUCUUUUAUGAUAAGAAUGCUUGCUUGUUUGCACUCUUACAAUAGAAAUAAUAAUAAUAAUAGUAAUAGUAAUGAUGAUGGAAAUGUAAGUACCAAUAAUGACAAUGAGAACAACGAAAAUAACGACGAAGAAAGCAGUUCAUAAAUAAAUAAAAUUUUAUUGAUACAAAAUGUGUACAGUUUAAAUGUGAUUAAAAAAUAUUAUUUUAAUUCUCUCUAUAUUUUAAUUAACACACUAAACAUUUAUUAGAAUUGUUUGAAUAAUCUGAAUAUUAAUAUAAAAUGCAAUAAAGAAGAAUUAUUUUGAGUUUAAA